ACCUGGAAGGGGAGGCAGUGGCGUUGACCCCUUUCCUUUAAAAUUCCUAGGCCCUCACAGAUUUCCCAGAGGCUCCAGAGGUGGCUCAGACCCCACCCUCUUUGUCUUCCGGUUCUGGUCUCCAGCUGUAGCAUUUAAAUCUGGCGCCCUUCACCUGGAUUGGCUACCUCAGGGAGUGGUGGGCUGGCUGCGUGCUACCGCUCCUCCUCGCCUUUUUCCCCGGGCAAAAGGUUUUCAAAUCGGACCAAUCGGCGGGCGCGCUCCCUCAGCCGUGGCGCGUCACGGAAGGGUUAACUGCAACCAACCGGAGGCGGGUAUUCGAGAAGAGAGCCAAUCAGGAGGGCGCGGAGGUGUGCCCUGGGGGCUUAUAAGGGCGGCCCCUGGGCGCGCGCGGCAGCAGUUGGACUGCGGCGGGCAGCUCUCCGUUGGCCCCCUUCGAGGCGUCCCUCUUCACCGCUCUGCUACCUCGCGCAGCAUGUCGGGCCGCGGCAAGACCGGCGGCAAGGCCCGCGCCAAGGCCAAGUCACGCUCGUCGCGCGCCGGCCUCCAGUUCCCAGUGGGCCGCGUGCACCGGCUGCUGCGGAAGGGCCACUACGCCGAGCGGGUCGGCGCCGGCGCGCCCGUGUACCUGGCGGCGGUGCUCGAGUACCUCACCGCGGAGAUCCUGGAGCUGGCGGGCAACGCGGCCCGCGACAACAAGAAGACGCGGAUCAUCCCCCGCCACCUGCAGCUGGCCAUCCGCAACGACGAGGAGCUCAACAAGCUGCUGGGCGGCGUGACGAUCGCCCAGGGAGGCGUCCUGCCCAACAUCCAGGCCGUGCUGCUGCCCAAGAAGACCAGCGCCACCGUGGGGCCGAAGGCGCCCGCGGGCGGCAAGAAGGCCACCCAGGCCUCUCAGGAGUACUGAGGGGCGCCCGCGCCGCAGCCGGCCCACCAUGCCACCACAAAGGCCCUUUUAAGGGCCACCACCGCCCUCACGGAAAGAGCUGAGCCACGUCGGGCUCGGGGCGGGCGGCCGCGGCGCUCGGCUCCCCCCUCCCGCGUCGCCGCCGCCGCCGCCCCUCCCCCGCGCGGGCUCGCCGGCCCUCGCUCCCGCUCCCGCUGCCGCCCGGCCGGGGGGCGGCCCCGCUCGCCUGGCGCAGAGGCCCGGGCGCCACGGCGCCCGUGACUCAGCCGCCCGGGCCCCGGAGCCGCCGAUGGGCGGCGAGGAGGCCGCGGCGCCUCCUGGAAGAGCCGCUCGCCGCUCUGACGCAGGGCUGAGGUGCGCGCCGGGGCCGGGGCUCCGGCUUGGUGCUCGGGCCGAGACUCUCCAGACGCGGUGCGGGAAGAACCGAUCACUGUUCGCCCUGGCGCCGCCGCCCCCCCCUUCCCCCCGGGUCCCGCCGUCUGCACCCGCGGGCCGGCCGCUUCUGCGGGGACCGCCGCCCCGGCCGCGGCGGGGGAGGGGCGGGGGCCCGGGUUUGCGGGCCGUGGGGACCGCAGGAGGUGUGCGCGCGCGCCCGGGUGACCGCAGCCGGGCCCGAGGGCCCCGCCGCUCGCCCCACUUCCCUUCGGGCGACUCCUCCGCGGGCCACGCACCUCCCUCCGUACCAGCACCGGCCCGAUCGUCCCUGUCUGCACUGAGCCUCCGAUUGCUUCGGAACUGGAAUUUUGCAGCUACAACCCAUCCAAGACUAGUACCUUACGUAUUGGGGAGUUUCAGAUGGACUAAUUUUAUUAAACGAUUGUUUUUUUAAAAAAA